AAUGAAAUGUCGAACAGAAGCAGUAGAAGAAGAAUACUCUCCAUCUACUAUCCGUGGCGGCCCUCAAUCUAUGGUGGUGGAGUAGUGUGUAACGAAAGUGGACUGUAAAUAGAUUGUUCCAUACGUGAUCUGGACGUCCAUUUAAGUUGCAAUGUAUUGAUACAAGACAGACCUUUAUCGCAAGAGAGUGCCAAGUCCCUUGCCUCUUGCUAGAUCCUGGUGAUGUGCCAUGGGGUAUGACGUUACCAGGUUUCAAGGGGAGGUGGAUGAGGAUCUGCUGUGUCCAAUCUGUAGUGGAGUGUUGGAGGAGCCUGUGCAGGCCCCUCACUGUGAGCAUGCCUUUUGUAAUGGCUGCAUCACACAGUGGUUUGCCCAGCAGCAGAUAUGUCCAGUCGACCGCACCGUGGUGACGCUUGCCCACUUGCGUCCGGUGCCGCGGAUCAUGCGAAACAUGCUGUCCAAGCUGCAGAUCACCUGCGAUAAUGCCAGCUUUGGCUGCACUGCAACGCUGCGUCUGGAUCAACUUCACUCACAUCUCAAGGACUGUGAGCACAAUCCAAAGAGACCAGUCACGUGUGAGGAGGGCUGUGGGCUAGAAAUGCCCAAAGAUGAAAUGUCGGGCCACAACUGCAUCAGACACUUGCGCAGUGUUGUGCAACAGCAACAGACCAAGAUUUCUGAGCUGGAGAAGACUGCUGCGGAGCACAAGCAUCAGUUGGCUGAACAGAAGCGGGACAUCCAGCUCCUGAAAGCAUACAUGAGGGCCAUUCGUAGUGCCAAUCCCAACCUGCAGAAUCUUGAGGAGAGCAUUGAGUACAAUGAGAUUUUAGAAUGGGUGAACUCUUUGCAACCGGCACGUGUGACCCGCUGGGGAGGCAUGAUUUCUACCCCAGAUGCCGUGCUCCAGGCCGUCAUCAAGCGCUCGCUCAUCGACAGUGGAUGCCCGCUCUCCAUCGUCAACGAUCUCAUUGAGAAUGCUCACGAACGCAACUGGCCACAGGGCCUGGCCACGCUGGAGACGAGGCAGAUGAACCGGCGUUACUAUGAGAACUAUGUAGCCAAACGCAUUCCCGGUAAACAGGCGGUGGUGGUGUUGGCCUGUGAGAACCAGCAUAUGGGAGAGGACAUGAUCCUGGAACCAGGGCUGGUCAUGAUUUUUGCCCAUGGAGUUGAGGAAAUUUUAUAAUUAUGAACUCAAGGUGCAAUGAAUCGAUGAUUUAUUGUGGAAAUUGAGUGACUUAUUUCUUUGAAGUAUCAAGGUAUGGUUCCUUUUUUAUUUUUUUUUCAUGAUGGCAUCUAUAAAAUGCCUCUAUCACAAAAUGAUGUUUUGUACCGCAGCAUUUUAUUGUCCCUAGGCUAAGACUUGAAAGCAGGAAAAGGAGGAGUCUGACAUUUAUCAAGGCCCCACCCACUUCAUAAGCUCUGGAGGAUACGUCCUCCCUUUGCCUUACAAGGACUUUCUUUCUGGGCCCCACUAGUUUGACCAAGUAUUCUGUACCAAAAUCUUGGUCUGUCACGGUAAUUGCGCUAUGGACUGAUUGUACAAUAUCAAACUAUCACUUUUGCAAACUUUGAUUGUGGUCUGACUGUUUAAUUUACAUUUACUUCAUCUGCUUCCAAGAUAUUUGUUGUGGAAUUGUGUUUAAGUGUUGUAUGAUAUUGCAACAGCAAGGCCUAAUUACACAUCUGUAGAUCCAGUCGUGUGCAUCUGUGUAUACUCCUUUUGCUGUUGUGAAGACAUCUCAGCAGCACAAACUGUGUCUCCCAUUAGGGUUUAAAAUAUGAUUUCUGUACCCUGCAAAUCUACAGCAAAAUAAAUAAAAAGAACUUUCUCGUUUUA